AUGUCAUUCUUCGAACCCGCGCCCGAGCCAGCCACCGAGCUCGGCAGACUUCGCAUCCUGUCCUCGACCGCCGGUAUCCGCGUUUCUCCUCUACAGCUCGGCGCCAUGUCAAUCGGAGAUGCCUGGGCCGGCAUGAUGGGCAGCAUGGAUAAGAAGCAGUCGUUCGCUCUUCUCGACGCCUUUGUCGAAGCUGGAGGCAACUUCAUCGACACUGCCAACAACUACCAGAACGAGCAGUCGGAGCAGUGGCUCGGCGAGUGGAUGCAAGAGCGUGGCAACCGUGACCAGAUGGUCAUUGCCACAAAGUUCACCACCGACUACAAGGGCUACGCUCUCGGCAAGGGCAAAGCCGCCAAUCACUGCGGAAACGACCGUCGUUCUCUACACAUGAGCGUCCGCGACUCGCUCAAGAAGCUCCAGACCGACUUCAUCGACAUCCUCUACCUGCACUGGUGGGACCACACCACCUCGAUUGAAGAGAUCAUGGACAGUCUACACAUCCUCGUCGAGCAAGGCAAAGUCCUCUACCUCGGUAUCUCAGACUCACCCGCCUGGGUCGUCUCGGCCGCAAACUACUACGCCAAAGCCCACGGCAAGACUCCCUUCUCCAUCUAUCAAGGCCGCUGGAACAUCAUGCUGCGCGACUUUGAGCGCGAAAUCAUCCCCAUGGCUCGUCAUUUCGGUAUGGCCCUCGCACCUUGGGAUGUCCUCGGUGGAGGCAGAUUCCAAACAAAGGCCGCCAUCGAGGAGCGCAAGAAGAACAAUGAAAGCAUUCGCGCACUCAUGGGCCCCCCCGAGCAGUCCGACGACGAAGUCAAGAUGAGUGCUGCUCUCGAAGAAGUAGCCAACGAACACAAUGUCACUCUUACUGCCGUUGCUUUGGCCUACGUCAUGUCAAAGACGACCAAUGUCUUCCCUCUGGUCGGUGGACGCAAGGUCGAGCAUUUGCAUGACAACAUCAAGGCUUUGACUAUCAAGCUUUCCGAUGCCCAGAUCAAAAAGCUUGAGGAUGUCAAGCCUUUUGAUAUCGGUUUCCCCAACAACUUCAUUGGAGAGAACCCUGCUAUUUCUGGUCAGCCCAACUUUUUGCUCGGUGCUUCUGCAUCUAUUGCAUGGCAAAAGUUGGCCAAGCCAAUUGGUCACGAAUAG